AUGGGAAAGAUACCAGCAAGGCCAAUUUUAGACUUUCUUCUCCAAUAUUUCAUCCAUGAGGUCAACUGGAUGAAUCAGCUCGUACAUCCGCCAAGUUUCUUGGCCGAAUAUGAAGAUUGGUGGACAAGGAGACCUGUAACUCGUCUGGUAGAUGUCGAGUUUGCCGUUCUCAUCUUGCGUAUCAGCGCAUACUGUUCGCAAUUCCUCCCUUCGCCAGCUCAUACAUCCGAUAUGAUUCGUGGCGUCUCUUUAACUGAGAUACGAUACCAAUGCACCCGGACGGCCCAGAUACUAGAGAAGAUAUGUGCACAAGCAGACACGACGGGCUCUCUAAUCCGAGUGCAACAUCUUUGUUUCGCCGCGCUUAACCAGCAAUGCGAAGGCAAUAUAAAACUUUCGUGGGCAACGUUCGGUUCGGCUAUUGGAGUAGCGCAGAUGAUAGGAAUCCAUAGAGAACCUACAGGCGCUGCAUCACAAGGGAUGGAUGAAUUCGAGCGUGAGAUGAGGCGGCGGAUAUUUUGCAAUCUUUAUAUUUGGGAUGCACGCCUAUCCAGCUCCCUCGAACGCCUCCCGUUCCUUUCUGACGGAUUUUGUACCACGAGCUUACCAAAGGUACACCAAAUCGCAGAUCUUGAGAAGAGUGGCGCUCCGGAGGCGUUUAUGGAACGGAUUCUACAAGCUCGAUUGGCCCGAUUCUGGAACAGCUUCAUCGGCAGCCGUAACACGUCGGUAUCUUACGAUCCCAGCGCCGCGGAGGAACGUUACGAAAGAUUUUGCACCGAGUUUAUCACAAAUAUUCCCGCUCCGUUUGGUUUGGAUCCAAAUAAAGAAUGGGACGUCGGCGUUCCUAAUCUAGCGCGGCAGCGACAACUAUUUCACGUCGCUAUAUAUAAUUCCGUCUGCAAUAAUUUCAAGCCGCUGCUUCGAUUGGAGCCUGACCAGAUCUCUGCUCUUCCAAGGUAUAAGCAGGCCAUUCUCCAACACCAAAAGAGAAGUUUAGCACGGGCAGCACUAAAUAUGCUGGAGGCUAUCACAACACUUCAUAGAUUAUUAGGCGCCACUCAUACACGUCUAUUCGACAUAAUCUUUCACACUUUUGAGGCGGCGGUGCUCCUUUCUUGUCUCUGUUUAGCUGGCGGGUCCGACUACGGUGAUGAUGGGGAGCCGACACAAAUAGGUCUCGACGACGACGGCUCGGGUUUCCCAGCUUUCUUCCGCUUAGUUGAUCCCCUAGCGACGAGGGCUAUGGAUAUUAGCCAGGCUAGAUGCGUAGAAGCUAUACGAGAAGCGCACGAGCGGUUACAAAUGCUAGCCGACCUCAACGCGAUGGCAGAAGCCGGAGCAAAAACUCUAGGAAGGCUUCUGGGACGUAUAGGAGAGUGCGGCACGCCGGAGGAUGACAUAUUAGAUACCCCGUCUUCUUCCUCGAUGUCGCACGUUAUAACAGCAAACAGCGGUCCGAUGAUCGCAAAAUUUCAGAUGUCGCAUACAGACAUCGAUCUGAUGAGCGAAGACAUGAACUGGUCAUCAAUCAUAGGAAUGUCCGAUUCGGAUCUUCAACUAUCACUAAGCAAUGUCGAUAUAGAACUUAGUCACUUUUGA